UUUUAUACACACAAACCCCAAAAAAUAAUAAGAAGAAGAGUCAAGAAACGCAAGAAGACUCUCUUCAUCAAGAGAGCCAUCAUCAUCUUCCCCAAAUAUCCAUAUCGACGAUGAUCAAAUUAAGUAGGUUCUUUCAACACCUUGUGUUGUAUUCGUUUCUUAUCGGUUUAGUGUUCGGUCUCGGCUUCCUACUCAACUUCCACAUGAGAAACGAUUCUUUCAGCCCUCAACUCUUUCGUCUUUCUUCUCCUCCUUCGCUCUCUCCACAGCUUCAGCCAACACAGCCAGAAAAAAUCGUUUUAGUAAAAGAAACGGUUGUUCCUGAGCCGGAGAAGGUGAUCAUGCAUAACAUGACGGAGGAGGAAGAACUCAUGUGGCGUGCAACGAAGGUUCAAGAAAUGCCGUCCACGGUGAAGAGGAAGAAAGUGGCGUUUAUGUUCUUGACGAGAGGGAAGCUUCCUUUGGCUAAACUGUGGGAGAAAUUUUUCAAUGGCCACCAUGGCCUAUUCUCUGUUUACAUUCACACCGGUGACCUUUCUUACGUUGACGAUGAUAUUCCCGAAACCUCGCCAUUUUUUCGCCGGAGGAUUCCAAGCAAGGAAGUGGAGUGGGGUAUGGUGAGCAUGGUGGACGCUGAGCGGCGGCUACUGGCUAACGCUCUACUCGACGCAGCAAACCAACGUUUUGUUCUACUCUCGGAAGCGGACAUACCUCUCUUCCACUUCUCCACCAUUUACUCCUACCUCAUAAACUCUCAACACUCUUUCGUCGACCUCUACGAUCUUCCUGGACCAGCAGGUCGUGGCCGCUACAACCGACGUAUGUCCCCGGUUAUUACCCGCAACCAGUGGCGAAAAGGCUCUCAGUGGUUUGAGAUCGACCGUGAAAUAGCUUUUGCUGUUGUCUCUGACAACACUUACUUCCCAUUAUUCAAGAAGCAUUGUCGUUGGGGUUGUUACGCUGAGCAUUACUUGCCGACGUUUGUUCACAUCAUGUUUUCGGGUAAGAACGCGAACCGGUCGCUGACCUGGGCGGAUUGGUCACGAAGAGGACCACAUCCGAGGAAGUAUACACGGCGGUCGGUGAGGGCGGAGCUUCUUACGAAGCUGAGGAAUAAAGAAGGGUGUCUGUAUAAUGGGAAGGACAGUAACAAAUGUUAUUUGUUCGCUAGAAAAUUCGAUGAUAGUUGUAUAGAUAUGUUGAUUCAUUUUGCUGGUAGGAUUAUGGGGUUUUAGAUUUUUUUUCUUCAGACCCAUAGUAACACGCAUUCAGCACAUUUAUAUAUUCUAUGAGUCUAUGAUCCUUUUAUGUUUUCGAA